UCAUUCGCGCCUUUCGUAAAUUUUGCAUUUGUACAGUCAAAUCCGGGAUUCGCAUAAACUCCGCUGAAAUAUAAACAAACAAAAGAAAACAGAGAAGUAAACAUAUACAAUUCUCGCACAAUGAACAACUGUGAUGGGGAGGGAGAGGCGGAUGCGCUGGUGAGGCGCUUCUCCGCCAGCUGCGAGCAGUUGGAGCUGGAUCCACGGAUACAGCAGAGCGCUCUGGCUAGCUACCGACGUUUCGAUGCCGCGGGCGGACUGUCCUCCAACGAGGGCGAGGUCCAGGAGUGGCUAUGUUGCGCCGUCUACAGCGAAUUACAGCGGGUAAAGAUAAAAGACAUCCGCCAGGAAUCCCAAAACGGCACCAACGAUGCGAACGAACCACUUGGCAAGAACAACUGCUGGAACCUGUCACUAACCCGACUGCUGCGCGGCUUCAAGGUAAACGUGUCGCAGUUCCUGCGCCGCAUGGAGCAUUGGAACUGGCUGGCCCAGAACGAAAAGACAUUUGAACUGGAGGUGGAGGAUCUGCGACGCCGGCUGGGCAUCACUUUGACCUUGUUGCGACACUAUAAUAACAUCUUUAAGAGUUUGUUUGUGCGACCCGCAGAGGAUGCCAAUCCGGAUUCCCUGGCCCACUUUCAUUCGCUCUACGAAUUUGGCUGGCUGCUUUUCCUGGUCAUCCGCAACGAGUUGCCCGGCUUUGCCACCUCCAAUCUGGUCAACGGCUGUCAAGUGCUUGUCUGCAGCAUGGACCUGCUAUUCGUGAAUGCCCUGGAGGUGCCGCUAUCCGAAGUAAUCCGCAGGGACUUUGCGGGAGUACCCAAGAAGUGGGAAACUAAGGAGUUCGAAGCUUCGUUUCUGAACAAAUAUAGCGCUUUAGAUGCAGUGGGAGCAUUGAUCCCUGAGCUUCCAGUGAAGGGGGUGCAGCAGAUGAAGAAUGCCUUUUUCCACAAGGCCCUUAUGUUGCUGUUCAUGGAGCAGACUCUGGUAGGUGAUGACACCCACAUGCGGGAGAUCAUCAAGGAGGGAAUGCUAGACAUAAAUCUGGGCACCCUAAAUCGAAAAUACUCCAGCCAUGUAGCCGACAUCAACGAGAUGGACGAGCGGGUGCUGCUAUGCUUUAAUGAAGCGAAUGAGCGAAGAAAGAAUUUCCAUAAUAGCUCGCUGCCAGCUUACCAAUCCAAUACCUCCUCACCUUCCCACAAAAAGCUGCUGGCCCAGGAUCUGCCACAAAGCCUUCCUGCCAUUAUAAUAAAAGCUUUGCAGAAGGGAGAACAUGGGGAAAAGGUUGUGAAAUAUGUAGAGCAGACUGUGCAAAAAAUGAAUCAAACCUUUUCCGCUGCCGCCAAGGAUUUUUUGGAUGUCCAGGCGGCCGAAGAACGUUUCCGGCUGGCCAGCGGUCUUUACUAUAAAUUUCUGCUGAAGAUUGUGGCCCCGGAGCUGGCGUUGAAACCCCAGCUAAAAAUUAGUCACCUAUUAAGACAGCGCACGUUAACCACGACCCUAUUAGCCUGUUGUUUAGAACUGGCUCUCCACGUCUACGAUGAACAAGUGGAUGGCUUGAAGUUUCCCUUUAUAAUAGACAGCUUCUCGCUUGAUGCCUAUGACUUCCAAAAGAUACUGGAGCUGGUGGUGCGGCAUGAUCAGGGUUUCUUGGGCAGAGACCUGGUUAAGCACCUUCAUCUGGUGGAGGACAAGUGCCUUGAAUCCCUGAUCUUUCGCAAGAGCUCGCAGCUAUGGUGGAACUUAGGGAAAAGAAUGCCCGGAUAUCAGGAAGUCCAGUCGGAGGCAGAUGGCAAGGAGAACACCUCCCCGGGAGCGGGCAUCUGCAUGCGCAAGUUCUAUGGCUUGGCCAACAGGCGACUCCUGCUUCUCUGUCAGAGCCUUAGCCUGGUGGACUCCUUUCCGCGAAUCUGGCACUUGGCCGAACACUCCUUCACCAUGGAAGGCGGCCGGCUGCUGCGUAACCGCCAAAUGGAUCAGCUGCUACUGUGUGCCAUUCAUCUACACGUUCGGCUCGAGAAGCUUCGCCUAACAUUUAGCAUGAUUAUCCAGCACUAUCGCCGGCAGCCACACGCCCAAAGGAGCGUUUACCGAGAGGUCAGCCUGGGCAAUGGCCAAUGCGCGGAUAUCAUCCGAUUCUACAACAGUGUGUACGUGAGGAGUAUGGGUCAUUAUGGACGGCAUCUGGACUGCGAACAAUCCCGCAACUCACUGAAUAUGGGCAUUCUGCAGGAGACAUCAACAAAUGAACGGCACAUGCUAGCAAACAUAAGCAUAUCUUCGCCACCCCCGCCAAAGAUUUGUCAAAGUGGAUCCUGCUCUAGUCUUCCGCCGCAAUCUCCAGCCUUAUCCCCACUGCCAACCUCGAACAAUCCCAGCCUGAAGCGUGCUUCUUCCAGCGGCGAUCUAAGAGAGGUCAAGCGACCCAACAUCUUGCGGCGUCGCACCUGCUUUGAGUGAUCUAUGAGGGAUCCGAAGAAUGUAUUAACACUUGGCUACAUUUUACGCAGCUACUCUAGGAAAUACAUUAGGAUUUCUUACUGCUUCUCACUGAACUCAUUGUAAAUGAACCGACUGCUCCUUUGAACUCAACUAUUAAUAAAAUCGAAUGU